CGUGUAGUCGGAUACGUUGAAGUUGCGCUUUGGUAAAUGAAGGAAGUUUUGUCUCGCGAUCACAACCAAUGAACUGCGAUCACGAAUACAGCAAAACUAGGGCUGCGACGUAGUCUUGCGAUCAGUGCCCAAGCCCGCCGCGAAAGUUCGUUUUUUCUGCAGCAUGCGUUCGUUUCCGACGUUCGAUCAGCUGAUCAAGACCGGUGUCUCGGUUUUUCGGAUUACUGGUGCAUCACGGCCACGGGGCUCACUAUGUGGAAGACCCAUGGGCACUUCAGUGGCAUUCACACAGCUCCUGCUCAAAUACGGGUUUGUGGGCAAAACCACGUAUGGGCCAUGUGGCACACUUCUUCGUGACAACCUGAGGCGAGAAUGGAGGCGUCACAUUCUUCGAUCAGCAGAGGCCACCGUGCUACCCAUGGAGGAAGCCUGGCCAGACCAAAUAAGUGCCAACUCACCUCAAGAUCUACAGGUGCUGUACACUGCCGCCAAAGAGCUGGUGGAUUCGGAGUCUUCCUUCGGACUUCUGCUGAACAGCAAGAGUAGCAAGGCCUUGUUCCCGGACCAACCGUCACAGAGCCAGCAGGCAGCUACACUGGAACAGCUGCUUUUCUUUCCCGCUUCUGGAGAGGAAGCUCGGUGGCUGACCUACUGGCAACGGCAGCGACUGCGUUGGUGGCGACAGCUUUCCCGGCGCCCGUGGGCAUUCCAGCUGGAGCAGACGGGGUCCCAAGAGUCGCACGUCGUUCACGCCGAGUCCGGGCCCCUGGAGCGGCUCUGGAGCCAAGGGCGCAUAGUUGCGUCUGCCGGUAGCCUGGAGACAGCCGCAGAAGCGUUCUUGAGGGACGCCCACCAAGAGGGUCCCCUGGGGCAGGUGCUCUCGCUACAUCCGGGCCUCGCUCCGUUCCAAGCGGCCAUAGCUACGUCAGGGGGCGUGGCUUCUCUGAAGCCAUUGGCCCAGCUGCUACAGAGGCAGUUACGGGGAACGCUGGCCGUCUACGCCAACCCCAGCCUGGGCAGCUCAGCACCACUCGACAACCAGCUGGCUAGGUUUGACGAAAUGGGUGUGGUGGUAGUGGUGAUCUUGGACGAGACGACGUUGAAGACUGGUGUUGUCCACGUUCGUCACCGAGACACAGGCCUGAAGGAGCAAGUCCACGUGACUGAUGUGCACAGAAGACUACCACUGUGCCUACAGACUGCAGAGAGUUCUUCCUGAAGCCCUACUUUCCCACGUGGCACACCUGGCAGGCCAGUCACCUACAUAGCACGACAUCUGAGUGACUUUAAUUUCUAGCCUGUACUAGUGAAACUUCCUGCCUAAUAAACCGUUGACACCAUCGGUAUAGGCCCCUAAGAUGCGACCAUUAUUAUUUAUUAAACUCUGGUGCCAAUGAUA